AUGAGUGGACUGCUCGGUGCCGAACAAUUGCAGAAGUUGUGGAUGCAUGUGGCGCUAAAUUCCAUGCAGGGCUACCCACAAGGAAAUUCGUUAUAUCCUCCGUUACGACCAUUUGCAUUUGGUACCAUGUUGCAACCAGAAACAUCGACGUUCACUGGUGAACAGAUUGUAAAGAUCUGUGAGCAACUUGAAGACGCUGGAAAUAUUGAGCGGUUAGCUGCUUUCUUGUGGUCAAUCUCGCACCAGCAGCACACUGAUGAAGUAACAACCGUACUGCGAAACCAUGAAUCUGUGCUUCGCGCUAGAGCUUUGGUGUGUUUCCACAUGGGAAACUUCCAAGAGAUGUACAGGAUACUUGAAUCACACAAAUUUACCAAUGGUUCACAUAGCAAACUGCAGGCGAUGUGGCAGGAAGCUCAUUAUCAGGAAGCGGAAAAGUUGAGAGGAAGGCCACUAGGACCGGUGGAUAAAUAUCGAGUGCGAAAAAAAUAUCCAAUGCCACGGACAAUUUGGGAUGGAGAGCAAAAGACACAUUGCUUUAAGGAGAGGACAAGGUCAUUACUACGGGAAUGGUAUUUGCAAGACCCGUAUCCGAAUCCGAGUAAAAAAAAAGAAUUGGCAUCUAAAACGGGUUUAACUGCCAUGCAAGUUGGAAAUUGGUUCAAAAAUCGGCGGCAACGUGAUAGAGCUGCUGCUGCCAAAAACAAAGCUAACGAAUUGAACGGUGUGAAGAAGAGUCCCGAAUCGGAUAAUUCGGAAGAUUCGGAAAUGGAAGAAGAUAUGUUCGAUAGCUCUCUGCUUGCUGACUCACCCACUCCAUCGGAAGAAUGCGGCAGUACGGAGAAGUCGCAACAUUCAGCUGCAUGUGCCUCACUGACUGCGACGAAGAUGCCAGCGGAACCAUCGUUGCCGCAUCCUAUCGACGCAGCCUCCUCUACGACAAUGUUUGGAACUGCAAACGCUUUUGAUCCGUUGCAGUUUGAUCCGCUACGAAUGCUUAUGAAUCGAUCUCUGAAUGCAGCUGUGCUAAACCCAAUUCUUGCCCAACCCGCGGCCAUGUUAAGCUUGCAACAGCAGUUGUCCAAGCACAUCUCUUCCACUUUGGUGCAACCAAAUCUUAAACCAAACCCAAGUUGUGGGGUAAAACAACAUGAAACAAGAAGGACUGAAACGUCGAGUAACAUCAAAAUAUCACUUGAUAGAAAAAGAAAUGCAAAUUGUGGAAAUAAUUCGUCGUCUAUUUCAACGACGCCAAAACGUUCCAAGCUGCUUAUCGAUGAAAUUCUGAACCUGAAAAGCAAUGAAACAUAUUCAGCAAAUGCACAUAAUACUGUAACUGAUGGCUCUUUGCAGCAAGAAAAUUUCUCUUCACAUUCCACAAGCAGGGAGCAAUCUGUGGAACCGAAUUUGACAAAGAAAGAUGGGAAGGCAUCGAUAAGUGAUAACGGUGUUAGAACUGAUACACUAUCUGUCCCUCCUGAUAGUAGCAAUAGUCGUAGAAGCAGUGAAACAUGCUAA